AUGAAUAUAUCUGAGUCAAACUACUGCCGAGAGGAGAUAUCGCAACCCCGGGGCGACUGUUCAUGGGUCACCGCCGCCGUGCCGGCCGCUGAGCCCGGGCUCGCCUUCGCGCGCCCCCCGGGAGCUGCCUCACCCGCCAGCCGCACGCCCAGCCCCGAGCCAGGCUUCGCCUUCGGCCCCGGCCCCGGUGCUACGGCUCCCGGUGCGGCCCCCGGCGCGGCCCCCAGCCGUACGCCCAGUCCCGAGCCGGGCUAUGGAUACAGCCCCCCGGCGGGCCGCACCGAGGGCAAGGCCGGCGAGGAUUCCCGCAUCCGCCGGCCCAUGAACGCCUUCAUGGUCUGGGCGAAGGAUGAGCGCAAGCGGCUGGCGCAGCAGAACCCCGACCUGCACAACGCCGUGCUCAGCAAGAUGCUGGGCCAGUCGUGGAAGGCGCUGAGCGCCAGCGACAAGCGUCCCUUCGUGGAAGAGGCCGAGCGGCUGCGAAUCCAGCACCUCCAGGAUCACCCCAACUACAAGUACCGCCCGAGGAGAAAGAAGCAAGCCAAGAAAAUCAAGAGGAUGGAACCCAAUAUCCUCCUCCAUAACCUUUCCCAGCCUUGCAGUGACAACUUCAGCAUGAGUCACCACGGCGGCAGCCAGCCGGGCCACCCCCAGCCUCCCCCACUUAACCACUUCAGAGAACUCCACUCCAUGGGGUCGGAUAUUGAAAACUAUGGCUUGCCAACUCCUGAGAUGUCUCCCUUGGAUGUCUUGGAACAGACCGAGCCGGCGUUUUUCCCUCCGCACAUGCAGGAUGACUGCAACAUGAUGCCCUUUCGCGGCUACCACCACCAUCACCAGAUGGAGUUUCCCCAGGAGAAGUGCAUCGGGCGGGACGUGGCCGUGCCCUAUGCGCAGACCCCGUCGCACUUGGCCGACGCCAUGAGGACUCCCCAUCCCUCCAGCAUAUACUACAACCAGAUGUGCUCGGGGACUCAGAACGGGCUUUCCGCCCACCUGGGCCAGCUCUCGCCCCCGCCCGAAGCCCACCACAUGGAGAGCGUGGAUCACUUGAACCAAAGCGAGCUGUGGACGGACGUUGACCGCAACGAGUUUGACCAGUAUUUGAACAUGAGCAGGACUCGUCCCGACGCCUCGGGACUCCCUUACCAUGUCUCCCUGUCCAAAGUGACUCCUAGAAGCAUCUCCUGCGAGGAGAGCAGCUUGAUAUCCGCCCUGUCCGACGCCAGCAGCGCCGUUUACUACAGCCCCUGCAUCACCGGUUAG